CAAGGAUCCCGGAUAGCACUGACGAAGUGGUGGGGGCGGCCCGUUACUAACCAGUGGACGGCGCAGGAGCUCUGGCAACAACGACAGCGGAGGAUUGGAGCGUAGGAAUACUGCCAGCGAAAUAACAACAGAGAAAGAUAGCUCUCGGAAUACAGUGAGUAAUGCAUUUUUUACCAAAACACUGCAUUUGCCUUUGCAAAUUAGACAUUUUAUGCUUGCCUUUUGCAUUUUUAGGGCUUAAUAUGGUGCCUCUUGUCCAUUCAGUCAGGAUAUUUCGUUUACAGUGACAGUCCUCUUUUCGGAGAGGCCUGCAGAGGGGGCCCUGCUCCUUGGAUAGCAACUGUAACAUUGCAGGGUUUUGUUUCUUUACACCUAAUGCUAAUUGGGCAAAUGUAUUGUUCUCUAAGCAUGCAAUAAGGGAUCAAUUUACGACGAAAAAAUACCGAAUAAAUUAAUAUAUUUUGUGAACCUUAUAUAGAGUGAGAUUGCGCACCGUUCUGUAAAGGCCUAGAAUAAGGUUUAGAGACGACAAUAAAAUUGACUCCUCGCAAGAUAGUGUCUGUGGUGUUUAUGGUUGCUUGUAAUUGGGCUUUUAUUACAGUAGAAUAGUCAUGAUGAUUGAAUAACCCUUUACAUACAGCCCUCUAUAAAACAGUAAACGGCAGGUGGAGUAGGCUUACUGUCCGUUAUAGGCUACAAUUAGCCUACCUAAUUGUGCGGCCCGGUGGGACUUUGACAGAUAGGCAGACUAGUGCUAUUCAAUCCACGCUCCUGGGAUGUGCACGGAUUGUAUAUCGCUAUGCAAUCAUGUAUAAUGUUUCUGAGAGCAAGGGCAGACAUGGGGAAAGAGCUAGGCCCUUCUCCUCUGUCGGAACAGACUGAUCAUUCGUUCAUAUGAAUACAUUAUAAUCCUAUAAUUUAAAUGUCAUAAAAAUAUGUACAGUGUAGGCUAACCUUUCUACACGCAACUCGUUGCGUUGGCUAAUGCCUUUUCUUUUCGUUUCCAAAAAGGUGAUGAUACUAGCCUAGGUUAUUUAUUUUUAUCAGGUCAUGCAUAUGUCAAAUACAUGGCCCAUUUCUCUGCACGUAUCCACAGAUCCUGGGUCAGGUAAUAACCGCUAAAAAAAUAUUUCUGAUUGGUUAUUAUCAGUGCCAUCAGCGCCAGUGAUUUCUCCGUAGUAAUAAGAGAUAUUGUUUUUUGCUAGAAACGUAUCCUAGUAAAUACAUUAUAUUCCUAAAACAGCAGAAAGGCAGACACUCCAACUAAACUGACUACGAGAUGCGUCCUAUCUGUCUGUGCUGCUUUUCUCAAGCACUAGGAAAUUCUGUCUAAUCUGAGAGGAUUAUUGUGACAACAGAAGAUUAAAUGUUAAAAAUAAAUCACUUCUGCAACAUAAAACUAGCCCAGAAGGUGUAGUGUUCACUUCAACAUUAGGCAUAAGUUAGUUUUUAUUUACAUUCCUGUUUUGUAGUGAUCAAAUCUUGCAGACAUAUAAAUACCUUUAGUCAAGGCUGUAGUGUAGACCAUGUCAAAGCAAGUUUUGGAACAAAGCCCUCUGUGCUGAUGUCUUGUGACCCUGUGAGGAACCCUCAUGUUCUCCUCUCUAACAAAGUAUGAAUUCCUUGAUUUUUUUUAUAAUAGUUCCUUGAAUUCCUUGUAUUUUUAACCACAAAAUUCCUUUUAUGUUUUGCAGCACUCAUAUGCUAUGCUAUGGAGUUUGCUUAAAUGCAGCCCAGUUUAACAUCUUUGCGCAAAAAAAUGUUUUGGCAGUGAAUGUCAAAUUGUAAUGUAUUUUUCUUCUUCAUGUAUAGAGGAUGGCAGUGAAUGUGCACGCCACGUCUGUGUCCUGUGACACCCUGAGCCGACAUGAUAUGCUGGCCUGGCUCAACGAUUCCCUACACCUCACCUACACCAAAAUAGAACAGCUUUGCUCAGGUAGGUCUCCAUUCCUGACUUGUGAUUUCAUUGUGCCUCCAAAGUUAUCUAUUUUUGGUUUCUUAUCUCCACGUAGAGAACACACGAGUUGUUCUCUCAUCUCCCAAAUAAUGUAAAUGAAUGGCCCUAUCCCUUUGGGAAAAUCUGGUUGAAAUGACAUCAUUACACUGGUUGUAAUUUUGUUAUAAUCAUGACAUCAUUUCAACCAGUUUUGCCUGCUGGGAAGGACCUCAAGUCCUCAACAAACCCAUUCAAAUAAUGAGUGGAGAUGAGAUUUCAAUUGUGUUGUCUUAUACCAGUAUGCAUCUUUUCUCCUUCUGUUCACCUUCUAGGGGCAGCGUACUGUCAGUUCAUGGACAUGCUGUUUCCAGGCUGUGUCCUGCUAAAGAAGGUUAAGUUUCAGGCCAAGCUGGAACAUGAGUUCAUACACAACUUCAAAGUUCUCCAGGCUGCCUUCAAGAGGAUGGGAGUCGACAAAGUCAGACUAUUAUCUAUUUAUCAUCAUCUAUAAAACAUUACAAAUCAGAACAUAUUCACAUCCCCUUGACUUUUUCCGAAAUUGUUUGUGUUAAGGCCUGAAUUUAAAAUUGAUUAAAUUUAGAUUUUGUGUCACUGGCCUACACACAAUACCCCAUAAUGUCAAAGUGGAAUUAUGUUUUUAGAAUAUUUUACAAAUGAAAUGUCUUGAGUCAAUAAGUCUUCAACCCCUUUGUUAUGGCAAGCCUAAAUAAGUUCAGGAGUAACAUUUUGCUUAACAAGUCACAUAAUAAGUUGCAUGGACUCACUCUGUUUGCAAUAAUAGUGUUAAACAUGAUUUGUUAGUGACUACCUCAUCUCUGUACCCCACACAUACAAUUAUGUGAGGGCUUGCCUCUAGAUUUUUCAAUGGAAAGAUUUUCAUCUCUCAAAAAGCUUUCAAACAUUUAAUCUUAUUUCUACAGAUAAUUCCUGUGGAGAAGCUGGUAAAAGGAAAGUUCCAGGACAACUUUGAGUUCGUGCAGUGGUUCAAGAAGUUCUUCGACGCCAACUAUGAUGGGAAGGAGUACGACCCUCUUCAAGCCAGACAGGGGCAAGACAUGGCUCCCGCCCCCAAUCCAGGUGAUCACUUUUCCCACAGACCAAAGAGAACUCAUGGUCCUCCAGGUAACCCCAAAUAAUGGUUAUAUAUCUUCUGAAUGGGAUUGUCUCGCUGAUUGAGCUUUGGAUGGCUCAAAACACGCACAGCGCUCUGCAAGCAACUGGUCUGUUUGUGUGUGUGCACGAUCCACUGGAUGACAGCUCUGAUGGUCAUUUCACAGGCUAGCAUUUUAGAAACAGUCAAGGAAAGGUCGCUCUGGGAGUCAGUGUCCGGAUUCUUGUGAUCUCCACAGUGCCUUUAGCAGACUUUUUGAACAAAAAUACAUUAUUUUCCAAUUUAUAAAUACAAUUGUUCCAGUUAUUCUGUAUUGAGUGAAUUGAUAAUUGUGGUACCGCUUUGGGACCCUUUGGACUAACAGAGAUGUUUUAAGCCUUGAUCUUAGACCUGGUAUGUGUAAAAGCAGCUUUUUUGUGCAUUGUCUUUUGGUAUUAAGGUUGAAAAUAAAUCAGCAUCGGUUCUCAAAAUCAAUAAUAUAGCAAGUGUGUGUUACACCACAGGCGCAACAUUAUGCUAUGCUUACAACAUGGGUUCUCCUUGAAACUCUGUAGUAGUAGUAUCCAUGGCUUUGAUCGCAUGGGGUGACAAACAAUGAGCACUUGUUUACUAUGUUCACUAGUAUUUACUACUAUUUGUACUCCUUUUAGUUUACAACUAUUUGUUUAAUAAUAUUUUGUUGACAUUUACUGUGAGUAUGGCUGGGAUUCAAGCCAAGGCGCAUUACAGAGCAGUGCACUAGAGAGCCCUCAAUGCGCCCUUUAAAGGCAUUUUCCCCCAAAGUUUGCGGAGAUCGCAUUCACUGUAAAUUACCUUUAAAAGUCUGUUAUAGUGCGCUGCCCAAUAACGCUCCUUGGAUUGAAUCCCGGCCUAAAUGUUAUAACAGUAAACCUGCACUGCAACACAAAGGACUCUAUUCAAUCAGUACCACGGAAGUUCAGCGUUACAGCGUGAUUGAAAUUUAAAGGCAAUGUUUCUGCGUUAGCGGAGACUGCAUUUACGGUAAACUGCAUAUGCUCCAUAUGUCGGCUCAAUCUGACAUUACCUUUACAUUUCUAUCGCACAAUCUGUAACGUAUCAGCGAGCGAGAUUGAAUAGAGCCUUAACACUAUCUGUUCAUUCCAGGCCCCCAGAGGAUGUCGCCCACAGUGCCCAAGAUAAUGCCCGCGCCCCAGAGGGUGCUGAACACCACCGUGCAUGUGAGGAAGACCCCGGCUCUGGCGCGGAACGGGGGCAGCGACGCGGAACUCAUGGAGCUAAAUCAACAGGUAGAGUCCCAGGGAGGGUAAGGAGGCCUUACUCUACAUUGGAGAAGUAAACUCAUGGGCCAUACUACUGUAGUAUUGACAGUAUUCAAUACGAAUUCAUGUGUCCUGUAUUAGUUUUACCUCAGUUAUCAGGUUUUAUUUACUGCAAGUAGAGUCAUGCUUAGCCCUAAGUCUUGGCUGUAGGCUAAAUCCAUGUCUCCGGGCUAAGUCAUGCUCUGGUCUUUGUAAUGUGAAGGGUGAGUGUAAGUUCACACUAGAGUUUGUAUCCUAAUUUCUGACUCAGUUGUGACUUAUCCAAUAAAGAGGAGGAUAAAAAGUGAUAUUUGAUGCAUAUUAGGAAACUAAAUGUAAGUUCAAGUAUAGGAAGCAUGUAACUAACAUACGUUUGUACUACUCAGUGAGUACUACAUUGACCUUUUCAUUCCCCAUGUGUUUGAAACGACCUUUUUCUUGUCUGUGUAGUUGAUGGAGCUUAAGUUGACGGUGGACGGACUAGAGAAGGAGAGAGAUUUCUACUUCAGUAAGCUGAGAGACAUUGAGCUGAUCUGUCAGGAACACGAGUGUGACACCAACCCUCACCUCUCCAGGAUCAUGGACAUUCUCUAUGCCACAGAGGUACCUGUCACAACUCAGACAUAUACAGUAUAAUUCAAUGUGUUCAUAUAAAUCAUUGGUCACAACACUGAAACUGAAUAAAGAAUAGGCUACUUUUUUAAACUAGAGAUUCUACAGUUUUAAUAAGAAUUGUACUAAUCUUUGUGUAGCCCUGAUCUAUCCUUAAUUUGAUCUAUCCCUCUCUCAUGUAUCAAAUAUUAGGGGUUGUGGGUUAUCAUCACAUACACUGUAAAUCUGAUGAUAUCUGUAUUUUGUGUUUCAGGACGGCUUCGCUGCUCCAGAUGACGAUGAGAUUGAUGAACAGGCCCACUUGGACCAGGAUGAAUACUGAGCCUCUCAACCCUUCUGUCCAUAUCCCCCCUCUCCCUCCUCUAUACCCUUCUGUCCAUAUCCCCCCUCUCCCCCCUCU